GCGCCUUCGCGGGCGCAAUGUACGCGAUGCCGUACCAGGCAGGCGGCGCCUUCGGCGAAUGAUGGGCUGCGGCAUGGCGGACGGGUCGCAGUUCGGCAUGGGAGGGCAGGGGCCAGGCGGAGGCAAGGGUGCUGGCGGCUCGAAGGGCAAGGGUAAAGGCAAGGGCAAGGGCAAGGGCAAGUUCAGCAAGGGCCUGGGCCUGCAAGGCGACGCCGACGAGGCCGCGGAGCUGGCCGCGGCGGGAGACCCCCGGAAGCAGAUCGAGCUGGCGCAGAGGCGCGCGAAGCAGCGGGACCGCUCGGCCAUCAGCCAGGCCCAGCGGUCCGCGCAGAUGCGCUUCGAGAAGGACUUGCUCGACCGCGUGCAGGGCAACUGGGCGGACGAGUCCGACCCCAGCGUGCUCUACGAGGUAGAGGGCAGCCUUGUCUCGGUGUCGGGCGGCGACAACGCCCGCACGUUCCGCAACAGGCUCGGCGUCUACGGCGGCGAGCUGUGCUGGGACGCGAGGAGAUUCUGGCACAACCUGGCCCUGAAUAAGCUGCCGCCGCUCGGCGAGGAGGUAGAGCGCGUGGAGUGGACCCCGGGCGAGGACGGGCAGCCCGCCCACGAAGCCGAUCGUCUGGAUUAG